AUGUCUACCCUUACGCUUCCGAAUAGCCGAGAGACACGUGUGCUGGAUCCGAGCGUCCAGCAUAUUCCACUCGAACCGUAUGACAAAAAUCUACGUCCGCCACCAGCCAACAUUCCAUCAAGCUUCGAGAUUCAUAUUGGAACUUCUGUUUUUCGCGACGGAAUUCGGUGUGGAUAUACUUUAUUCACAGCAUUUAAGCGAGCGAAGUAUCCAGAACGUCUUCGUUUUGGUAUUGUGGAGCAAAUAUUGGACAGUGAUUUUAAGUGUCUAGACGAGUAUUGCAAACUGGCUCUUGUUGAGUGGCCAGAUUACUCUCAAUGCCGCUAUCAAGAGCACGUACAAGUUGAUGUACGACCUGCGGCAGAGACUAGAGGAUGCACUACAGCUCGUCAUCGUCAAAAAAAACUGAUUGGUAAGGAAGAAUUUUGUCUACAAGUGGAUGGACAUAGUAUCUUUACCAAUGGGUGGGAUGAAGCUUUGAUUACUGAAUGGAAACGAAUUGACAAUGAAAUGGCUAUUCUUACUGUUUAUCCGCAUGAUCUCCAUGAUUUUAUCAAGGAAAAUGGCGACAAUAAUCCACCACAUUGGAUCCCACAUAUGUGUACGACUUAUAAAGGUGGCAAUGGACUCACGCGACUUGGUGGUGCAAACAAUAAGCGUAACGCCAACUUUCCACAAUUAGAUCCAUAUACGCCAUGGCUUUGGGAUGGCGAAGAGUUUCUGCGGUCGAUUGAUUACUGGACGCACGGCUAUGAUUUGUACUCACCUAGUAAGUUGGGUAAUGUAUUGUACCACAAUUACACAAAAAAGCCGAAUAGUUUCUGGGAGUCCCCGGUAGAUCAGAAGGUGAAGGCUUUGGAUAUGGAACGAACACAUAAUCGCGUCCGUCUUCGUCUUGGACUGGGAUUUAUAGGUCAAGUCAAUGCCAUGGAACUCGAUAAGUAUGCAUUUGGUACUGCACGCACGUUUAAACAGUACUUGCACUUUGCAAAUGUGACUCUUACAGGCUUUAUGAACGAAACAAAUUCAUGUAAACAGCUACAUUGGGUUCCGUAUACAAAUUCAACGGAAGUAGAAAUAAUUGUGGGGAACGGAUGGAAAAUGAUUGCCCCGGCACCCACUCCAGCCCAGCCAGCCGCGGGUGUACAAGGUUCACACAACGUAGAUGCACAAGGUCAAGAGGCGCACGAAUUGGCCGAAUCAGGCGAAGGAGCAGAACAUGGAGGUCGGGGAGAAGGAGAGGACUUGGCAACGCUACACACAAUGAGCAAGGAAUCGAAGGAUAGGGAAAGGCUUGCUAUACGGCAAGGUAAAUCCUCAAACAGAAGACAUCCGGGAAUUACUGCUGCAGUAUGGGGUGUACUCGCUGUUGUUUUGAUUGCUCUCUUUGCAGCACUAUCGAAUGACCGCAUAGCGUAUGCCAUUCGACGAAGUUGCUUUUCAACAGCACCUCAUCAUAGUCGCGAUUGA